AUGAAUGACAUAUCAAUUCCAACUCCCCGACGAAGAGAGUCAUCUCCGAAUCCAAGAACAGUAGUCCUCUUCCCUGCCUUUGAUAGUGAUCCUGUCGGCAGAGAGCUUAUCGAAACCGCACGAUCUUUAAAUCUGUCGCCCGACUCGCCAGUCCCUCGAAACACAGUGCCAAGGUCAGAUACGCCUUCGAGCUUGGAUAGGAAAAUAUCUAGAGAUAUUCUGGAGCAACGAAAUGAACUGGGCCCAAAGUUAAUCAUUUUCAUGGUUGGACUACCAGCUCGCGGAAAAUCAUAUAUUUGCAAAAAGCUAGCUCGAUAUCUGACAUGGUGUGGCUUCACCGCUAGAAUAUUCAAUGUCGGUAACAGGAGGAGAGUCCAUGCAGCUUCCAACUCUCCCGAAAUCCCAGCUGAAACUCUACCACCACCAAGAGUCCCACACUUUGCACUAUCUCCUACUGAUCCAGCACUAGAAUAUCCAAAACCGCCUCCGUCUCAAACUGACCCAACACUAAAACCACCGCCUCUAAUCUUAAAAUCACAUAUCUCACAUCUGCAAAAAGGGACAUCUCAUCCAGGCCCAGCUUCUCCCGUAAUCCUUCCACAACAGUCAGGUGCAGGUGGCACGCAACACGACGCCACCUUCUUUGAUCCACAAAACGAAUCUGCACGUGAUUUACGUGAUAGACUUGCAAUGGAUACGCUGGAAGAAGUCUUUAUAUGGUUGAGGAAUGGACAGGGACGUGUCGCUAUACACGAUGCAACGAACUCUACUGUCGAGCGACGAAAGAGUGUGCUGGAUCGAGCUGCGAAAGAGAAACAUGUACAUGCGCUGUUCGUUGAGAGCAUUUGUGACGAUGCUGCCGUGCUAGAGCAGAAUAUACAGAUGAAGUUGAGAGGGCCUGAUUAUAUCCAUAUGCCUCCGGAUGAAGCUAUAAGGGAUUUCAAGGCUCGGAUAAAGGCUUAUGAGGGUGCAUAUCAGACUAUUGGAGAGGAAGAGGAGAAGCAGGGGUUGUCGUAUAUCAAGAUUGUCAAUGUCGGAAAGAAGGUUAUAGCACAUAACAUUCAUGGAUAUCUGCCCUCUCAAUGUGUAUUCUACCUGAUGCAGAUACAUAUCAAAGAGAGGACAAUUUAUCUGACAAGGCAUGGACAAUCAGUGUAUAAUCUAUAUGAUCGAAUCGGUGGUGAUCCACCCCUCACAGCUGCUGGUGAUCGAUACUCGCUAGCCCUUACCAAAUUCAUUGAAAAGUUACAUCCGCUACCAAAAGUAGAAGACGAAUUAGAGCGGAAUGAAGAUGGAGAUUUAAUACCUAUAGAAGAUGAUGUCGAUGAUGGUAACUUCGGAACAGAGGCUCAUCAUCAUUCGUUGUCUAUAUGGACGAGCACGCUAAGAAGGACUAUAGAUACUGCCGCUUAUUUUGAUGAUCGUUACGAUAUCAAGAAUGUCAAGGCACUGAAUGAAAUAUAUUCUGGACUAUGUGAGAAUAUGACAUAUGAUGAGAUUGAAAAGAAUUACCCUGGUGAAGCAUCAGCCCGUAAAGCAAACAAGUUGAUGUAUCGAUACCCAGGUCCAGGUGGUGAAUCGUACUUGGAUGUCAUCGAACGUCUAAGGAGCAUUAUAGUGGAGCUAGAACGAAUGGAAACUGAUGUACUGAUAGUUUCUCACAAUGUGGUCAUGAGAACUAUCUUGGCUUAUUUCUGGGGUGUGCCGUUAGAAGAGAUGCCCAAUCUGGACGUCCCGCUGCACACGCUGUAUUGUCUCAAGCCGAAGCCGUAUGGGGCUGAUCUAGUCAAGUACCAGUAUGAUGAAGAAACGGACGAAUUCCGCAUUGCUGGUACCACUCUGUAG